CGCACACCAACGCCCAGUCUUGCACGCCAGCGUGUGGUAACGCACGCCAGCGCACGACGUCGCACGACAGCGGGCCGCAUGGUACCAGUUGCGUCGUCCAGUGCUGAUGCGCGUCCAGUGGCACGUUGUGGUGCAUGGCAGCACCCGAACUGUGCCAGUCAGGUGGCAGCCGAUGCACAUAGCGUACGGCCGUGCCACAAGUCAUGCCCUGAUGGGCCUAUCGCACGUCUGUCGUGGCCAGGUGCACAUAGCACCCUCGGCCGUGGCCAGGGCAGGCCGGUAGUGGCCAUGCCAAUACGUAACCGCACCAGCAGCUGUGCCCGUAGCCACAACAAGGCAUGGGCCGAGUCAACUGCCGACCGACCGGGUCCGAUCAGACCGGCGGUCCGGCCAGACCAGGAGCCGGUUCAGCUAGCGGUCACCCAGGCCACUGUGGUCGCACUGUUCCGCGACUACCACCCUGAGAAGUUCUCCGGCCAGGGAGAUCCGCGUAUUGUUGAUGAGUGGAUUCAGGGCCUCGAAUUGAUUUUUGAGGUCAUGGAUUGCCCAAAUCGUUACCGUGUUAUUUGCGCACAGCUUCAGUUGACCGGUGAUGCCAGACUCUGGUGGAAUGCCUACUGGAGUAUGCGUCCCAGCGAGAAAGAAGGGUGUACCUGGGACAGAUUCAAGGAGAUGAUCAGAGAGAAGUACUAUCCCUCGUACUACCGAGCUGAGAUGGAGCGGCAGUUCUUGUCGCUCAAACAAGGUACUCGUACCGUUGAUGAGUACGAGAGAGAGUUUACCAGACUUAGAGCUUUU